GCAACGACGAGACGGUGCGCCAGGUGUCGGCGGCCGGAGGCGAGUGCUGGGCCUACACCGUCGACCUCUGCGACCGCCACUCCAUCUACAAGGUCGCCGCCAGAGUCAAGGAGGAGGUUGGCAAGGUGGACAUCCUGGUGAACAACGCCGGCAUCGUGACGGGCAGGAACUUCAUCGACUCGCCCGACGAACUCAUCCUGAAAACGUUCGAAGUCAACACCCUAAGCCACUUCUGGACCAUCAAGGCCUUCCUCCCUGAUAUGAUUUCUGCCAACAAGGGUCAUGUGGUUACUGUGGCCUCUUUGGCUGGCCUAUCUGGGGUCAACAAGCUCACCGACUACUGUGCUUCCAAGUUUGCUGCUGUGGGCUUUGACGAGAGUCUGCGGCUCGAGCUAAUGGUUGAAGGACAUAAAGGAGUCCACACUACAGUUGUGUGUCCAUACUAUAUUAGCACUGGAAUGUUUGAUGGAGUGAAAUCAAGUCUGUUUCCAAUUUUAAAGCCGGAUUAUGUGGCCUCUGAGACAAUAGACGGCAUCUUGCUAAACCGCUACACUGUCAUCCUGCCUUCCUUCUGCAGAUUGAUGAUUCUUUUGAAAUACAUCCUUCCAUUCAAGGGGGCUUACCAAAUCUACAAGGCAUGUGGAGGACACAUUUCCAUGGAUGGUUUCCAGGGUCGCAGCAAGGACUUGCAGCAGCAGCUCAAGAUGACCAAUGGACCAGAGAAGCAGAAGCCUCAAGGAACCCCAGAGGUGUAAAAGUGUAGUAUAUUGAUGAGGUAUUUUUUUAUGUCAAUCUUUCCCCGUAGGAUGUUAGUAAUAAUAUGUACAGAUUUGUCUUUUUUACUUUUGGAAACAAAAUAAAUAAAUUAAUGAAUAGGAAGUAAUUUAAGCUGCAUCAGCUCUUAUACAGAUCACCUCAAACAUGUUUAUAAUGCCAAGGCUUGGGUGUUUUGGCAGGAUUUUUUUUUUUUUUUUUUUUUUUAUUAGUAAUAAUAUUUUACUUCCAUUUAUUUUUUUCCAGACUUGGAUUAUGAUGAUUGUCAUGCAAGUCUCUUAAUGCUAUUUCAGAAAUAUAAGUAGUGAUUCUUUCAUGGAAUAAUUCUGGUGUCCUUUUUAUAUUAACCAAAAUGAGGAUGCAGCUACUACAGAUAUCACUGAAUAUAAAAAUCAAUUGCAGGCUAUAGGUAACUUUCUUUAGUUAAUUCCUGUGACUGUUUCUUGUCAGGCUUCUUGUAUCAGAAAAUAUCUGUACCAUGAAACAUAUAGUUCAUUGUUUUAUUCUUACAUGAUGUAAUAUACAAAAUCACAUCUGAAAUAAAUCUAGGUCAUUUUUAUCAAUUUUAGAAGAUCAUGAAUUUCAGGAAUUAAUUUUUAAAAUUUUGUAAUAUAGAUUUAUAUUACAUCUGUUAUUUUCAAACUUGAAAUGUUUUUUUACAAUCAGUUUUUCUAUAUAUGGAAAACUGUAUUGAAAAUGCAUUUUGUGAAGUGUUAUAUUUUUUCUGCCAUCCGCAUGUUUCUAUAUCACUCCUCAAAUUGAAGGAAAUAGGAAAAUAAUACUACUAAUAAUAGCAAUAAUAGUGAUCAUGGUGACAGUAAGAGUAAUCUUUAUUCCACUUAAUACUAAGUGUAUAAAAAGUAAUGUAAGUUACAAGUGUUUGGAGAAUGUGUCAUAUUAAAAAAGAAAGAAAGAAAAACAUUAUAAAUUUGAAAUUAAAACAAAAAAGAAACAGAUAAAUAUAUAGAACAAAGAAAGUAAAAAAAGAAAGAAAAAUAGAAUACAAAGAAAAGAGAGCCAUACUAAAAAAGAUGCUUUUAUAUAGCAUUUUAUUGAUCAAAGUACAGUAGAAAAAAAGAAUGGAAUCAGAAGUUAUAUGGUUAUCAAAUCAAUGGAAUAUUUAUCUUUAUCAUUUUAAGUGACAGUCACCUCUUGCUCUGAAUAAACCAUAUAUGUAAGCUGCAAUUUUCCAUGGUGCUAAUUCUACCACCUCAGUGUACUACUCUAUGAUAUAAAUAGUAUAUUUAAUGUAGAGUCUUUAUAAGUACCCCAUAAUGAAGUGCAGUAUGAAAAUAACAAAGGGCUUUGUAUGUCAGACAGUUAUUUUUAUUGAAGAAAAUAAAAUCAAAUUGUCUAGUGAAAGUAUUUCUUCUCAGGUCUCCUUGUUUCUCUCUUUAUGUUGUUCAUAUCAGUAAUAUUGUAUGUAUGAUCAUUGUCUUGCCUACAUGUACCAGUGUAUUGAAAUCUUCUAUUGCAUAAAAUGUGAUGCAACAGUAUUUGGUAGUGCUUGCUAAAAAUAUGUAUGUCUAAUGUCACUUAAAUGUCUCAGGUGUUACUUUGUAGGUUUGUAGUUAAUUUGACCUACACAGAAAUGUUAAACAAAUAGAACCAUUUGACAUAGGAGCAUUCAGAACUGUACCCAACAUGAAGUAUAUGCUCAGUGUAAAAGUGCCAAAAUACAAAAAUCCAUGACCUUACGUGAAUCAAUACCUUUUCUAUCAAGAAAUAAUAGCAGAAUUUGAACUUGUACAAUAAAUGACUUUGACUAUGAAAAUCUGCAGAACUGUCAAUAAAGCAUUAUUCAGGUCAUGUAAUGUUCUCGAUUUCUUUGUGUUUUUAUUACAAGCAAAAAUAUAAAGUCAGUAAAAU